AUGCAGCUGAGACUUUGCGAUCCGUUCGGUCACUCCGGUUUCAGUCAAGAGACUCCUCAACUCAUACUUUCUCUCCUAAGCGACAUGUUGCAACUUGACUGGUUACCUGGAGCCAGUGGCAUAGCUGUCUCUUGUCCACAGACGGGAUGCCGCAAACCUGCCAGCCGUUCAUUGUCCACACAUUCUACUGGACGCGACGCAUCGAAUCUGCCAUCUAAACCAAGUGAGCCGGUUUCCAGUCCGCUUGGAUCAAAUGAAUUGGCGAUAACCGUCGACACUGUCGUCAACACUCCUAGCAACGGCUCGGCGCGGAAACUAACUACCUCGGAUAAUAUAACCAUGGGUUGUGUGUUGAUCGACAAAACGGGCCAUUCCCAGCUCACCCACUGCCGUGGCCUGUGUACAGCUCCUACAUCUGCACCUUUACCUUCUCGUCCUCUAAUCACAUCUCAUCCUACCACGUCGACAUUGGCGGGCGCGGUUAACUCACAUCCCACUUUCCCUACCACUGCAAACGCAUUCCUCACGCCUCAAUCUAACCCUCUUUCAUCGCCUCAUCCAGCACCAACCGAAGUGGCCGAUCAUUCUAUGUCAUUUCAGGCGGUUAUACCACCAAUUCUUCCCGGUGGAGAUUGCUGUUAUUGCCAUGAUGUUGGGGCAUGGUGGCAAGCGGCGGUUUUGCUCUGCCAACAUUUGGCCCCAGCCAGCCCACCCCCAUGGCCUGAAGUAGAACUGAAUGCAGAAAAAAUUGUCAAAAUUACCAAGUUUAAAGAAGUUCGAACCUGGCGUUGUGUUACAUGCACCGACAUCGCCAUCGGCACAGCUCCUCAGGCAGCGUCAUGCUGCCAGCCGAGCAGUCUUGUCGACUUUACCUCGAAGAAAGCGGAACCUUCGAAUGACGCUUUUGAGGUCACAUAUUUUCCAACUCUGGAGGAAUUAAUGUGUCUGCCUUCUAUCAUUCGUGUCAUCUAUCAACUAGUCAGGUGCCUUUACGUUCCCAAGGCAGCCUCCUCUGUCUCACCAGCCGCUAAUUCCCUCAUGAAAUCGACUGCACAGAGAAUGCACUCGACAACCUCUUCUUCGACUCAUUCGAGGUCCGGCCGACCUUCCUUACCUCAGUCAUCCCUCGGCUCCUGUUCAACCGCAAAAAAGGCCGCUGCUAGCCUUUCCGCCUCGUCCAUUCUGACCGAACUGGACACUGGCUGUCCGCCAGUGAUAGGGCGUUUAUUCUCUGGCCAGGUAUUGCUCUUAUUCAGCCCUCCUAGAGAUCCAGUCCGUCUGCAGGCAGUUAUCGAAUGCCUAUCCUUUCUCUUUCGUGUUGGUGAUGCUCUCACGCUCGUCUUUAAGGCAGCUGAGCGUGCCGUGGUCCGGGAAGCAGCCGCUGCGGCCGCAGCAGCUAGUGCAAGUAGCUCAACAGCAGGCGGCUUCCAUACCCUUGGUUCAUCA